GUCGUCAUGGGCUUCUGGAAGUUCUCCGCCUUCCUGCUUCUCAGCAUCUUGGUCCUGUACCAGGCGGGCAUCCUCCAGACAGCACCAUUCAGGUCUGCCUUGGAGAGCCACCCAGACCGUGCUAUACUCACUGAGGAGGAAACUUGCCUCCUACUGGCUGCGCUGGUGAAGGACUAUGUGCAAAUGAAGGCCAGGGAGCUGGAGCUGGAGCAGGAGACAGAGGGCUCCAGCCUUACUGCUCAGAAGAGAUCCUGCAACACUGCCAUCUGCGUGAUCCAUCGGCUGGCAGGCUUGCUGAGCAGAUCUGGGGGUGUGGUGAAGAGUAACUUCGUGCCGACCAAUGUGGGCUCCAAUGCCUUUGGCCGGCGCCGCAGGGAUGUUCAGGCCUGAGGAGUGAAAUGACUCCAGGAAGAAGGUUACCAUGAAGCUGAACUCGCCACUUCUAUUAAUUUCUGUUGACAACAACUUGGUGAGAAGGC